AAUCUUUUUUUUGUUCUUAGCCAAUCGACGCUGGUAGGCGUAUCUUCUUUGAACGUGGUUGCGUAGGGACUACGCAGGACGUAACGUGCGACGUGCUGGCGGCUGUGGUUGCUUGUGUGGCUCCCCGGGGGAGACUGGCAACGAUUGAAGCGGGAGUGAUAUUGGAAGAGGAGCCUUGUAGAAGACAAAUUUCAACCCAUGUGACAUCUUUUGUUUACCUAACGGUGCACCGCAGCAAUAAAGGGUCACACGCCAUGUGAUAGAUUUCCUUUAUUCCCAGGUGAACCUUUGCUCACCUUCUCCCUACUUUCUCCCUGCAUACAACAUGAAAUUCCGUGAUCAGGUGAGCACAUUGUCUGACUGGUUUAAGGGCUGGAACGAAUGUGAACAAACAGUGGCCCUUCUAUCUUUACUUAAGAGGAUCACCAGGACCCAGGCACGCUUCCUGCAACUGUGUUUGGAGCACUCUUUAUCAGACUGUACGGAGGUACACAUCCUUGAGACAGAGGCCAACAGUGCAGCUCUCAUCAGCCAGUGGCAUCAAGAGUCCAAAGAGAAGGUGAUUUCUCUACUUCUUUCUCACUUGCCACUAUUGCAGCCCCGGAAUACAGAAGCCAAAUGCGAGUAUAUGAAACUGCUGCAAAAAGUUCUGGCUUACACUACUGAGAGCAAUUUGUACAUAGAAGAGAGUCGCCAGUUACUAUCCUAUGCACUUAUUCAUCCUGCGACUACCCUUGAAGACCGAAACUCGCUGGCUUUAUGGCUCAACCAUCUGGAAGAACGAUUCUCUACAGGCUACAGCCGUCAUGGAAGAAUCGAAACACCUUCUGCACAUUUACGGCAGGAUUCAGAUGAGUGGCAGCCUCCAGUGGAUCCUGGUAUUGGGGAGGCAAGUCUCAGUUGGCAGGAUAAACCACCGCGUGAAAAUGGCAUGAUGCCCUAUCAUUCUUCUAACCUAGUGCCCUCAGGCAUUCAAAAUAUGGGGAGCAACACAGUGCUGUCCUGCCAGGUGCAUCCAAGUCCACUCAAACGUUCCAUGUCGCUUAUUCCAACAUCUCAGCAGGGACCUGGUGAAUGGAUGGGGCCAGAUGAAGUGGGAAGUCGGUCAGUGUUCCUCACCCCAGACCUUGCUCCACUGUCUCCACAGAGCAGCGUGGCAUCAUCCGGCAGCGAGCAAACUGAGGAAGUGAGCGCUGGACGCAACACUUUCACAGAGGAUGGGAGUGGGAUGAAAGAUGUACCCACCUGGUUGAAGAGUUUACGAUUGCACAAAUAUGCAUCGUUGUUUGCUCAGAUGAGCUAUGAAGAGAUGAUGACGCUGACCGAGCAGCACCUUGAAUGUCAGAAUGUUACCAAAGGGGCAAGACACAAAAUCGCCUUGAGUAUACAAAAGCUCCGGGAGAGACCAUGUGUCCUCAAAUCCUUAGAAAAGGAUAUUUUAGAAGGCGGAAAUGUGCGUAAUGCUCUUCAGGAGUUGCAGCAGAUUGUCAUCACACCCAUUAAAUACUACCGUCCUAACCAGAUGGAUGGUACUGGCAGGGAGCAAACUCCCUCACAGAGGCCAAACCAAGAUCCAAGCUGUAAAGGAUCAGAUGAGAAUCAACCUCCGCCUGGACUCCCAGCAGAUGGUUUCCAGCAACAACAGAGUAGCCCAGCUUGUGAUUCUGAGCCAGCAGUACCACCUAUAGCAGAGGGAGAUCUCCCAGGGCAGCUUACCAGAGUGCUUGGAAAAGUUUGUACACAGCUUCUGGUGUCCCGACCAGAUGAAGACAACAUCUCGUGUUACCUGCAGCUUUUAGAAAAGUGCAUUUCACAUGAGGCAUUCACAGAAACCCAAAAGAAGAGGCUGAUGUCUUGGAAGCAGCAAGUUUUGAAAUUACUCCGGACGCUUCCCAGAAAAGCAUUGCUGGAAAUGCAGGGGUACAGAAAACAAAAGGGGUGCAGCUGGGCGUUUGCAUCCAACUCUCUCCCCUUAGCUGGAUCUGUGGGGUCUUCCAUAGCUCGGAGAGGACAGCGUCCAUUCCAGAUGCCUCCUAGGGUAGUGCCACCUUCCCGUAUUAAUGUUAUGAGCCCUGGGUCAAUUGGAGGUGUCUCUCCAAGGCAUGCACUUACCAGCCCGAGCACUGGAAGCCAGGGUCGGCAGAACCUGUGGUUUGCCAAUCCUGGGGGCAGCAACAGUAUGCCAUGCCCAAGUCACAGUUCUGUGCAACGCACACAUUCAUUACCCGUACACACUUCUCCACAGAGUAUUUUAAAGUUUCCCCCUGAUUGCCAGGUGCCUGGGGCUGAUUUAGAGAUUAACCCCCGGUUGGAGUCCUUGUGUCUGAGUAUGACAGAGCAUGCUUUAGAAGAGGGAACAGACAAGACAUCGACCAUCUGAUCUUGUGCCCCCGACACCUUCAUAAUAAGGCAGAACCGGAGACUCUAUCUCACGUCCUCGGCCUGGCAGAGGCAGUAACUGCUAUUUCCCAUCACACUCUCCAUGAGGCUGUCACUACAUCUUUCUCCCACCAUGUUCUAAUACUUGUUUAAGCUAUUGUACCCUUUAACUUAUCCAAACACACAGAAGCACGGCUAAGCGUUCACAUUGAGAAAAGGAGCUUGUUCUCUCUGUAUGAGAUGACUGAGGCAAAGUUGCAUGUGGGAGGAUCCCGAUCAGACACUAUUCUUGUACCUUGUGCUGGUCUCUGUUAUAGUAAAGAGCUGUACUGAGGUGAGGAGGAGAGGUCCAAUCUCUCAAUAUGUGCAGUUUGGGGGAAAGCAAAGCGCAAUGGAGCCAGAAGCUCGGCUACCACACUAAGCUAGAGGAAAAGAAAUGCCACCGUAAAAGGAUGUUGAAGGCUGAUGCACUCGGAAACAAAUGUAUGAUUGGACAGGACAGGGCUGCUCACAAAAGCAUACUGGGCAAUGUGAAAGGCAUCUUAAAAAGUCAGGAGAGGUUGUUAGGAUUUUUUUCUUUGGACGCCACAAAAGACAGGAGUGUUGGAUUCCAUAACUGCAGCUAUGUUGCCAAUAUAAUACCCGCAGGGGCAGUUUGUCCUGCUCAUAACACUAAUCUUGCAGAUGUGUGGGGAAGUGUACCCCUGUAUAUGUGCCCAACCUCCAACUGUAUCCAACCAUAUCAUGCAUUUCCACCAGCUAGGCCUGAUCAGCCCAUAGCCCUCCUUCCUUGCUUACUUGUAGACUAGAGCUUCAGUCCUGGGAGCUGCCCUUGUUGCCACACGCAGAGCGUGGAGGUUAAGAGUUGGGCAGUGCCCGCUGAGACUGCCAGUGACCUCCUUCUCCAGAAGUAUUUUCAGAAUAUCGCUAACUAUUUAUUUCUAACAUAGAAACACAGCUCCUUUUCAAAUAGAAAACAAAAAUGUUAUUUUAGAUACAUUUUAUUAUGAAUAACUUUUGUUAUGACUAUGGCUGGUAACCAUGAGUUCAAAAUUAUUAAAAGAUAAUGUAAAAAUGUGA